AUGUCAGGACUUACACAAUUAGCUCGUUGCACGUACCGUUUUGUCAAUAAAAUUGUAGUGUCUAGUUUUGUUGAGAGACGACAACCAGAGCCAAACACCUUCCAUUUGACUGUUGGAGAGAUGACUAUCACAUUGGACGAUGUCGCCACUAUCCUAGGGCUUCCCAUUAUAGGCAAAUCUAUUAGUGUGCGUAAAUUGUCAGAAAGGUGGGCCAUUGCAUUAGUAGUUAAUACCUUGGAAAUUGAUGAGCAAGACGUCAGACAUGAGAUAUGUAAUGCUGGAGGCAAUUCAGUGAGGCUUAAAUGGUUGAGGGCACACUUUCAUAAUGUCACAGACAAUGAUUCAAUAGAAAGAAUUGCAUGUGCAGGUAGAGCACACUUGCUAUUUUUGUUAUGUUGUACACUUUUCAGUGACAAGACUUGUACUAGGUUCCCUGUUGUUUAUUUGAGUUUAUUGUCCGAUUUGAUGACUGUAUCUUCAUAUGCUUGGGGUGCUGCUGCAUUAGCAUACUUAUAUAGACAGUUGGGGUAUGCUAGCAGGUCCGGCGUGAAACAAAUAGCCGGUUACAUGACACUCCUUGAGGGAUGGAUUUAUGAGCACUUUCGUGGAUUCCGACCACACUUGAAUAUGAAUUACACUUGA